AUGGAUCUGAAAUUGUUUUGGCUGCUCACCCAACUCGGCAACAUUUUCUACGGAAUCAAUGCAACAAUCGUCAUCUUCACUUGCUUUCCCAACGCGAGAAAAUGUCUGAUGCAAGUGAUUCGUCGACGGGUUUUCUGUGGAACUCAGGAAUCAUGUGGAGAUUUUCUCAAUCUCAGACCGCGCCACUCAAUGUUCAACCAAAGU